UCCGCCACCAUGGCAUUUAGCUUAGAGGUACGAGAUGCGGCGUCGGAUGCACACAAGGCCACAGUGGAAUUAUGGACGUUAUAUUCAAUUGCCGUUGCCGUGACAAUUCUUAGAACAUACGCUCGAAGCAAAGCCGGGGGAUGGAGGAAUUUACGACUCGAUGACUUUCUUAUAUGGGUCGCAAUUAUACUCUAUACUGCACAGGCGUCACUUGCGCAUAGUGUGGGCAAUGUGUCUGGUGGUCUUGCCAACAAUGGGAUGACAACCGCCCAGCGCGAGGCGCUAUCGCCCGACAACCCAGCUUACAGGGCCAGAGUGAUUGGCUCCAAGAUUCAAAUUGCGGGCUGGAGUACUUACGCGGCAUUGAUUAAUUCGCUCAAAUUGUCUGUGCUGGCAUUCUACGUUCGACUGAUGGUAUUGACCUCCAUAAUUUCCGAUGGUGUUUCGCAACAAGUAACUAACACCCAACAGGAUGGCCUUGGUCGGCGUUAUCAAAUUCCCAUUUAUGUUGGAUUUGGUCUUGUUAUCGGCAGCUUUCUCGCAAGUAUCAUUACAAUCUUUGCGGCGUGUCGACCAUUCCACAAAAAUUGGCAGAUCAAUCCGGAUCCCGGAAACGUGUGUCAACCAGCCAUUUCCACACCGGUCAUCGCAGUAACCUUCGCCUCAAACCUCAUUACCGAUCCAUACCUCAUAUUCAUCCCGAUUCCAAUGCUUUGGCAAUCGAGUCUGAAACCUUUAAAGAAGAUCGCAGCCACUAUCGUCCUCAGCUCGGGUGUCUUUAUUCUGGUCUGCGCCACUAUUAAGAGUGUUUUCCUCUUAGUGGACCCUGAAGAUGGCGCACAACUCGCCAAUGAAUGGGGCACCCGCGAAACAUUCGUCGCAGUCGUCACUACCAAUCUUCCCAUGAUCUUUCACCUCUUCAGAAUUUGGCUUAGUAAAAUUUUCGGCAGCCAAUUUCAGUCAUCUCAUAAGACACAUAAAUCGCCCUCGGGUGGUUUCCGGAGUAUUGGUGGCGGGGGUGACUAUCCCAGUCGAAAAGAUCAGGGUCCUGCGAGUUCGGAUCCUAUGACCAUUGGCAUGUCAUUUACCGAGAGUGAAGAGCGGAUGAUGGAAGAUGUGAAGAUGCAGAACUUAAAGGCAUAUCCGACAGCUAUGCCUGGCAACCCAGCCUCGGGUGCUAUCGUGGUCUCGAAUCAGAUUGAUAUCACCCAUGAGACUCGAACCAUACCACAGAGUGAACAGCCCGUGAAAAAAGCAACAGAGGCAUGGUAA